AUGAUGAAUCCAUUUGACGAUGGUGAUGAGCCAAAACAAUCUUCAAUAAGACAACCAUAUGCUGCAUACACGCGAAGCUCAAGUCCUGCAAAGAGGUAUCAGCCGUUGGACUAUGAUAGUGAAGAAGACACCACAGAGGACUUUGUUGGAUUCCCAGCUUCAGAAAUCAAGCAAAACCGAGAGUCAAUUAAGCAAUCGCCAAACAUUUUCUCGAGAAGCACAGGUAGAGCCAACCAACAAGGCAGACAUGCAAAGUCCCCGUUUGUUGGGAACGCACCAAACUUGGAGUUUGAUCCACACAUGGAUUCCGAGACUACACCUAGGGCGCACUAUACUUCACGCGAAUCUCCAAAGAGACAAAGGAAUACAGAGGUAUUGAUUGAUGAUGCUGAUGAUGAUGAUAUAAAGAAUAGCGGGUCACCAUUCAGAUCUUCAUUUAAAGGGAGCACAAUUAGCAGUCAGCGAUACUUAGAUCCUCCUGAACCAAUUUUCACUCCUGGUACGCUCUAUGACGCUGGGAACUAUGCGGAUGGUCACUAUGCGGAUGAUCAAAGUACAUACUAUGAAGAUGACAAAAAGUUUGACACAGAUGGGACAAAAGAAGAGACUAGGGACGAUGCAAAAUCCUUGUAUUCUGAGUCCACUGCAUACACUGGAUACUCACAUUUAUCCGAUCCUAACGAUGAAGCACAAUAUUUUACCGAAUCAAUUGAUGGCAACUUGAUGCAAAACAUUGACGCAGUAUAUAAUCCAAAUAGGGAAAAGACCAUCACACGCAGGAAAGUGAGACUCGUUGGGGGUAAAAAAGGAAACUUGGUAUUGGAGAAUCCCGUACCUGGAGAGUUGCGCAAAGUAUUGACGAGAACUGAAUCACCAUUUGGAGAAUUCACUAAUAUGACCUAUACCGCAUGUACUUCGGAUCCCGAUACAUUUGUUGAAGAAGGCUUCACAUUAAGAGCAGCGAAAUACGGUAGAGAAACAGAGAUUCUAGUGUGCAUUACUAUGUAUAAUGAAGACGAAUUUGCAUUCGCAAGAACAAUGCAUGGGGUGAUGAAAAACGUGGCACAUUUAUGUUCCAGACGCAAAUCCAAGGUUUGGGGUAAAGAUAGCUGGAAAAAGAUUCAAGUGGUUAUUGUUGCCGAUGGUAGGAACAAAGUCAAUGAAUCGGUUUUACAAUUGCUCACGGCAACCGGGUGCUAUCAGGAUAAUUUGACAAGGCCAUACGUAAACAAUAAACAGGUGAAAGCUCAUUUAUUUGAAUACACAACUCAAAUAUCCAUUGAUGAACAAUUGAAGUUUAAGGGUGACGAAAAGAACUUGACUCCAGUUCAGGUUCUAUUUUGUUUAAAAGAGCAAAAUCAAAAAAAGAUUAACUCACACCGGUGGUUAUUCAACGCUUUUUGUCCUAUAUUGGACCCAAAUGUUAUUAUUCUUCUUGACGUGGGGACCAAACCCGAUAACCAUGCUGUCUACAAUUUAUGGAAGGCAUUUGACAAAGAUUCAAAUGUUGCUGGUGCGGCUGGGGAAAUUAAAGCCAUGAAAGGAAAAGGUUGGAGGAAUUUGAUAAACCCAUUGGUUGCUUCUCAAAACUUUGAGUAUAAGCUAUCAAAUAUUCUUGAUAAGCCGUUGGAGUCAUUGUUUGGCUACAUAUCGGUCCUUCCAGGUGCUUUAUCAGCGUAUCGUUACAUUGCCCUUAAAAAUCAUGAGGAUGGAACCGGUCCACUUGCAUCCUAUUUCAAAGGCGAGGAUUUACUCAAGUCUCAUGAAAAGGACAAGGAAAACACCAAAACCAAUUUCUUUGAAGCUAAUAUGUACUUGGCAGAGGACAGAAUUUUGUGCUGGGAACUUGUGUCAAAAAGGGGUGAUAAUUGGGUUUUGAAAUUUGUGAAACUGGCCACAGGUGAAACUGAUGUCCCCGAGACCAUUUCGGAGUUUCUUGCACAAAGAAGACGGUGGAUCAAUGGUGCAUUCUUUGCCGCGUUGUACUCCUUGUAUCACGGGAGAAAAAUUUGGUACACAGACCACUCAUUUUCAAGAAAAUUUUGGCUUCAUGUUGAAUUCAUAUAUCAAACAGUAAGCUUGGUGUUCUCAUUCUUUUCGUUGAGUAAUUUUUAUUUGACUUAUUAUUUCCUUACCGGGUCACUUGUAUCUUACAAGCAUUUGGGGCACAAUGGGGGUUUUUGGAUUUUUACCUUGUUUAAUUAUCUAUGCAUUUGUGUGUUGACAUCGUUGUUUAUUGCUUCCAUUGGUAACCGACCUCAUGCUUCUAAAAAUAUAUUCAAAGCACUUAUAAUAUUGCUAACGGUGUGUUCAUUGUACGCAUUGAUUGUGGGGCUAGUUUUCGUUGUCAAUACGAUAGACCAAUUUGGUCUGGGGAACACCUCGUCGUAUGUUUUGGUAAGUAUUGUGGUUUCGCUAUUGUCCACUUAUGGGUUGUACACAUUGAUGUCGAUAUUGUACCUCGAUCCAUGGCAUAUGUUGACUUGUUCGAUACAGUAUUUUUUAUUAAUCCCCGCAUACACCUGCACGUUGCAAAUUUUUGCAUUUUGUAAUACCCACGAUGUGUCCUGGGGUACCAAGGGAGACAAUAACCCGCAAGAAGAUAAAACGAAUCAGUAUAUUAUUGAGCAAAAUGCACAAGGUGAGUAUGAAGCUGUUGUUAUGGAUGUGAACAUUGAUGAAGUUUAUCUUGAAACAUUGUACAAUAUAAGGGCGAAUAGAUCAAGUAAAAAGCUAAACAAGAAGAAAACCAUCAAGCAUGUGUUGGAUGGGGAUGACUACGCUAAAGAUGUACGAACAAAAGUUGUGCUUUUUUGGAUGUUGGCAAAUUUGAUCUUUAUAAUGACUAUGGUGCAAGUGUAUGAGCCUGGGGACACAGCUCGAAACAUUUACCUUGCAUUUAUCUUAUGGACUGUGGCUGCAUUAUCGCUCUUUAGAGCGGUUGGCUCUUGUGGGUACUUGCUUCAAUUAUGUUGUCAAUAUGUUGCUAAGUGGCAAAUAUUGAGCGUCGCUCAUUUCAAAGGAUAUAGAAACCCCUGA